AUGGAUCGCUGGACUGACAGAGUCGUCUUGGUGACUGGAGCUAGUUCAGGGAUCGGACGGUCAAUCGUGGUCGAACUGUCAAAAUACCCUUUGAAAAUCGUCGCUGUGGCUCGGAGAAUCAACUUGUUACAAGAACUUUCCGACGAGUUACAGUCAUCUGUGGCUAAAAUCUACCCGGUUCAAUGUGAUUUGACUCGCGAAUCGGAAAUAUUGAUUAUGUUCAAGUGGAUCGAAACCACCAUCGGCCAAGGAGUGUCGGUCACGAUCAAUAAUGCCGGCACAAUGAUUAAAAGCAAAAUGUUGGACGGUGAAACAAAUGACUGGAGAUAUUUGUUCGAUCUCAACGUUAUAGCAGUAACCACAUGCUGCAGGGAAUCAUACAAAUCGAUGAAUAAAUAUGGUAUUAUAGAUGGACACAUUAUAAAUAUAAACAGCACCGCUGGGUACACAAUGCUACCACUCUCAGGACAAAAAGUGUACAAUUCGUCGAAAACUGCACUUACGUAUUUGACUGAAGGGCUCAGACACGAACUCGCUCAUGUUGGGUCUAAAAUCAAAGUAACUAGUAUCAAUCCCGGAAAAGUAAACUCUGAAGCUGUCGGAAAUGUCGAAGGAAAUAAAAAAUCUAAUUUGUCAAUGAAGCCCGAAAGAGUGGCUUCCAUGGUUAUCGUAGCAUUAACUCAACCUUCAGAUGUUGUGAUAGGCGAAUUGACCGUUCUGUCUGUGGGUGAAACCAUACAAACGUAUCCUCCACCCAUCAUAUCCUUAAAGUAA